AAAAAUAAUUGGAGCUCGCUACUACCUUAAGGGCUACGAGGCGUACUACGGCUCCCUCAAUCGAACAUACGCCUACCGCUCCCCACGUGAUCACGACGGCCACGGCACCCACACCGCCUCCACCGUCGCCGGACGGGUGGUCCCCGGCGUCUCCGCCCUCGGCGGCUAUGCCAGGGGGACGGCCGCCGGCGGCGUCCCGCUCGCCCGUCUCGCCAUCUAUAAGGUCUGCUGGCCGAUUCCCGGCCCCAACCCCAACAUCGAGAACACCUGCUUCGACGCCGACAUGCUCGCCGCCUUCGACGACGCCAUCGGCGAUGGCGUCCACGUGCUCAGCGUGUCGAUCGGUGCGACCGGAGUGCCUCCCAAGUACUCGAACGACGGCAUCGCGAUCGGCGCGCUCCACGCCGCGAAGCAUGAUAUCGUCGUGGCAUGUAGCGCCGGGAACGACGGCCCGGCGCCGGCCACCGUGUCGAACCUCGCGCCAUGGAUGAUCACCGUCGGCGCCAGCAGCAUCGACCGCGCUUUCGAUUCUCUGGUCCUACUCGGUAAUGGAGUGACCAUCAAGGGCCAAACCGUGACACCAUCUGUGUUGAAGAGUUCGGAGUUCUACCCUCUAGUUUAUGCAGGCGACGCUGUGGUUCCUGGCACUCCCGGCAAUGUCUCUGGGCAGUGCCUGCCCAAUUCUCUGGAUGCCAAGAAGGUGAGAGGGAAGAUAGUGGUUUGCCUGAGAGGGAGUGGGCUCAGAGUGGCCAAAGGAUUGGAGGUAAAGCGGGCGGGUGGCGCGGCUAUCAUACUGGGGAAUGCGGUGGCCAAUGGCAACGAGAUCCCUGUGGACGCCCACGUCCUCCCGGGGACCGCUGUGUCGUCCGAUGACGCAAUAGCCAUCCUAAAGUACAUCGAAGCAGCCCGCAGGCCGAGCGCAAAGAUAGGCUCGGCUCGGACCGUUUUGGGCGUCACGCCGGCGCCCGUCAUGGCCGCCUUCUCGUCCCGCGGUCCCAACCGCGUCGAACCCAACAUUCUCAAGCCCGACAUCACGGCACCAGGGUUGAACAUCCUGGCUGCAUGGAGUGAAUCGUCGUCGCCCACCAAGCUCGAGGACGAUCACCGUAGCGUCAAGUACAAUCUUUACUCGGGGACGUCGAUGUCGUGCCCCCAUGUGUCGGCCGUGGCGGCCCUGCUCAAGUCCCUGCACCCCUCUUGGAGUUCGGCGGCCAUUAGAUCGGCCAUGAUGACCACCGCUGCUGUGGUGAACACCCGAGGAGGGCCGCUAACGGAUGCGGCAGGCCAAGCUGCCGGGCCGCUGGAGUUCGGGUCGGGUCACGUACGACCCAACCAUGCGUCGGACCCGGGGCUCGUCUACGACGCCUCCUACGAAGACUACUUGCUCUUUGCAUGCUCCAGCAUCGGAGCACAGAUGGACCCUUCCUUCCCCUGCCCCGAGACCUCACCGUCUCCUUCCGACCUCAACUAUCCAUCGAUUGCCGUCUCCGAUCUCAACGGCUCCGUUACUGUCCGUAGAACCGUGACCAAUGUGGGCCGCGGCCCAGCCCGGUACCGAGUCACCGUCACCGAGCCGACCGGUGUCUCGGUGCGCAUUUCACCGGGAGUGUUG